AUGUCCGUACGGUUAGGGUUAGGCGACGCUGCGGGCGAUUCGGGCUCGCCGCCGGUGGCGGCGCGGCCGAGGGUGGGUCGCGGCGGUCUGGCCGGCAGGGGUGCGGCGGAGGCACGCUUCUCAUGGCUUGGGGGUAGCAGAGGCAAGUUCUGGGCGCUGGAGGAGCUCGGUGACGGCGAGCUGGGAGCUCCGCAGUCUGAGUCUGAGGAGGAGGUUGCGGAGCACGGCCAAGGGGAGGAGCCGUCGCGUCCGGUGGCGCCCACGCUCGGUGGCUUCAUCUGUCGGGCGGAGGAGCUGGUAGGCUCUCUCCGGCACCGGCGUCGAGCUGCCUUUGCUCCGGGCGGCAAAGGUUCCAUAUUUGGGGGCAGGGGUCCUCCUCGAUUCCAGAGGCUGGGUGAUGCUGCCGGCAUGGCCGCGGGUGGCAUGUCGGGGCGGGCGGCCCGCACGGGCAGCGCACCGCCGGAGUUGGCGAUUUCAGUGGAAGAGCCGUCGAGGGCGACGGAGGGGCAGGUCUUGGCGGCGGCGGCGGUCCGCCCCCAGCUGGGGGCUGCGGGUGCGGGGACGACGGUCGUCUGCCCUGCUGUGGUGGGCCGUGGGCUUGCUGGGGCCAGGGUUUCGGCCCAGGGAGCUGCCAACCUCUCCAUCUCGAGCUGCCCGGUUGGGGUGCAGUUUGAUGGGCUGGGUCGGAGGGAUGCAGAUGCUAGGCCGUCGUCCACUCUUUCUGGGCCAAGGGAGGCGCUGGAGGGCCCAACGCGCAUGAGGGUCUUUAGGUGGCUUUGGAUGCCGGCCGGGUGUCUGGAUCCAAAGUUAGGGUUUCCAGCUCGUUCCCAGGAGGUGAGGCAGAGGCUCAACGACCCCUUCGCGCCGCCACACCGUCUUCUCCGCCGGGUCGCCGGCUCAUCUCGUCAAGAGCUCUCCUACGUGGAGGCAGUCAUGGCGGGUGGGUUCGACGACGGGCGCAAGAGGCGCUUCGAGGUGGAGGGCGGGGCGCGGCGUUUCGGCGGCGAUUCGGGAGGGCGGCGGUUCGGCAGUGACGAUGGGGAGCAGAGAGGGCGGUUCGAGGGAGGCAGCAGCGGCGGUGGCAGCGGCUACCGCUACAGGGAGGAGGAGCAGAGCUACAGGGAGCAACGGGGCCGCGAAGACUGGAGCUCGCCACCGCCUUGGUGGAGGGAGCAGCAGAGGAGGGAAGGGGAGCUACGCGACCAGAGGCGGGGGCCGGCGGAGGGCGGCGCUGGUUGGGGAAACGGCGGCCGCCCGGGCUCUGCGGGUCAGGGUGACCACGCAGGGGCAGGACAGCGUGCUCCGACCAAGGCCAAGGCCAAGAAUAAGGGCCCAGCGGUCGCGGGUGGGGCUGUGACGGCGUCCCAGAAGAGCAAGAACAAGGCGGUGGUGCAGCGCUCUGGGGUGUCUGCGGGAGGAGAGUGCUUCAAGUGCGGCAAGGAGGGCCAUUUCCAAUCGGAUUGCACGUAUGAGCCGCUGUGUGUGAUCUGCAGCAGGGAAGGCCAUACCUCUGCGAGCUGCCUGACUCGGGGCAAGGGGCUCCGGUUGAUGUCGAUGGGGCAUGCCAUCACCGGUGGGGGUUUCUUCAACAUCGACGUCGAGCCUCUUCGGGCGAGCCAGGGGGCCUCCGAGGUGUUUACGGCUGUGAUCAAGUUCGACAAGGACCCGCUGACGGAGGAGAGUCUGUAG